UCAUCUUCCAGUUUACCAUCACUGUAAGUGAGGUUUAGACAGCUACUUUGUGUAUAGCAUCUAAUGAGAAAUCAUUUGUGUAUGUAGCUUGGAAAUAGACUAAUGGAAUUCAGCAAGUCAACACAAUGUUUACAUACUUUUAAACCUCAAAAUUUGUAAUCCAGCUGACCAGAUUAUAUCCAGAUUAAGAACUGCCUAAACUGUUAACAGGAAUUAUAAUAAUAAUUGUAUUAUAACGAUGGUCUAGUGCUUUAACUUUACAGUAGAUUAAGCCGAUCUUUAAUCUCCGUGAUAAAAUUAUAGAUUAUCACUCCCUAAAAGGCAGAGGUACUGGUCAGUAUUGGUAUACUAGUAUUUAGUGUAUUGGUGACAAUAGACUAAUGUAUGGAGAUCAAAGAUGUUAGUGUAAGGUAGUUGUCACAGAAAGAGCACUACUACUUGGUCAGAACCCCGCCAUAUAUCAUGGAUCAUUCUGACCGUCCACUUUUCAACAAUCUACUCAAGUUGUGUGACACUGAAGAUGAUACUUCAGUUAGAAAGGUGUCAAGGAGAUCGAAGGAGAACAGUACUGAUGGAUCUUAUUGUACUUCCUGUGCGAGACUGUGGAGGGACAGCAGGUACUACAAUUGGGGUUCCCUGUACACACGCUCCUCCUUGUGUGCCGAGUGUCAGGAAGGGCGAGAUGGGCAAGACUACAUCAGUUACUGGGGAAGCUCCAAAUACCGAGCAGGAUCCUGGAGACUGCGACAAAAAUGGAUGAAUCCAGAUUUUGGAUGGAUGUUUACAAGUCGGACUGAAGCACAGAAUUUAAAUACUGACACAUCAAGGUCAGAAACAAUUACAGAACGGUCAUGGUCACAGGAAUUUACUGCUAGGUCAUAUGAAUCACUCUCAAGGUCAGAAUUAAGUGCAAGGUCACAGGAGUUAACACCAAGGUCACAGCAAUGUCUAUUUAUAGCAAAUAACACCACAAAAUCAAAUUCUGCCACUGAUUAUACCAGUCAGAUCAAACAAGAUGAAGACUAUGAUAGUGUUAACUUUUCUAUGGAUUCUACCCAGUCAAGAUUCAGUUCUUCAAAAUUUCCACAAGAAAGACAUUCUAGGAGCAAGAGUCCAUGUUUGCAAAAAGUUGAUAUAGCAUCCAGGAAACAAAUCUUUGAAGGAUUAAGUGAUGAUAAAUGUCAAUCAGGUAAGAUGACUUCUCCUGACUGCAGCAAGUAUGAACCUGAUCCAGUAAGAACAGACAUUCCCAAGCUCGACCUGUCCAACUUGGAGGAUACUCCUUACAAUAGUCCUGUUUACCACUUUCCACUGACACCAAAACACAUACCAACUAUAGCGAAGCCUAACCGCUGGGUGGGAUAUGGCUACUUCGUGGGUACUGCAGAGCUGACCAGUGACACUGGACAUCUACUGUGGGUUCGUCCACGUGGUGACCUUCAAGUCAUCUUCAAAUACGCCAACACUGGACAGGAUUUCAAGUGUUUUGUCGAUCCUCAGUAUACUGGUGUCAAACUUUGCCAAAGGAAGCCAGAUGGAGAGCUCACAGUCAUUCUUGAUGGAAAAGAAAGUCCACAACAUAGCAACAGUUGCUACCAUGUGCAGUCUGUCACUCGGUAUCCGCCCCAAAACAACUUCAAACUGGUGUCCUAUCUCGGCCGGAUAGAGUUGAUACUCCAGGCUGUCAAAAAUGAUACUUUGCCAAACCCUCAGAGAUUUAAGAUCAAUUUUACAAUGACUUUGUGAUAUACAUGUACUCCUUCCAUGCACGAAGUAUAAAGUAUAAUGUCUAAAGAACAAGGUAACCUAUAAUAUGUCUCGGAUAUUUUUAUGAUAUACAGAGUAAAGUGUUGAUAAUCAUUUUUUAUUAAAUAUCAUUUUCUUA